AUGAGCGGCGGACAAUUAGCGCUUCCGGAGGCCCCAAUCGUCCGGCCAUCUUGCCGUCGUUGCGCAAGCGGCCAAGUUUGGAUUACGUGAGCCAAGGAAGGGCCAUCCGGUCAGGUCCGGUUCGUCACGGACAUCCCAAGGUCAUCAACCGACUCAUCACUGCUCACGCAACUCCGACCUCAUUAUCACUGGGUUUUAUCUUCCCGCCUCUCUUGGGUUUGUUGUUGGUGAUCAACUGAGUAGAGGAGGUGGUUUUGGAUUAGUCCACAAAAGGAGUUUUGAAUUUAUCAAUGGAUAGUUACAAGUUAUUUGAGAUUUGAAUCAUAGAAAGGUCGGAUGAAGAGUCUUUGGGGCGGUUGUCAGAGGUGUUUCUGGAUUGAUUAUGAAGGAAUAGUUUUGUUCGAAGAGGUUAGGAUAUCUGGGAAGUUCACCGACAUUAUUAUCACUGGGUUUACUCUCCCCGACUCUCUUGGGUUUAUUGUCGGAACUGAGGUUAAUUAAGAUGAUUUUAGAUCGGUCCACGUAAGAAGUUUUGAUUGUAUCAAUUAAUGAUCACAACUGAUUUAAAUUUUUCUGUAGUUUAAAGUCAUGUAAAGGUCUGAAGUUUUUGGCGAUUGACAGAGGUGGUUCUAGAUUGGUUCUGAAGUGGGAGGCGAUUUUGGAUUGAUUUAAAAACUUAAUCGUUAAUUUUUCCUUGGUUUUGGAUUGAUUUAAAAACUUAAUCGUUAAUUUUUAAUGAUCAGAAUCGAUUUUGAAAGGAGAAAGGAUCGUUUCAAAGAUUCUGAAUGAAAAUAAAGCCGGUAAGGAUCAUAUAAGAAAAUUUUAUUAAGCCAAAGGUCCUCAUUAUCAAAUCAAUGUUGCCUGGUAGCUUCUCACCUUGAAACUAUAACAUGCAAUAAAAAAAUUCCAAAUCGAAAUAAAAAGAUCUUUCGAAAGCCCAUAAAAAGCCUCAUCGAAAAGUCGUGAAGCCAUUGAAAUCUGUCACUCGCGCGUUUCACAUAUAAUGUACGCACCUGAAGAGCGCAAAAAUAAUGGAAUGGGUUGAUUGUCGAAAGUGCAUGCGAUGUGACACUUGGGCGGCCAUGCCAACUGUCGUCGCUUCAUUUUCUUCUUCUCCUUCUUCUUCUUUGAAGGCGGUUUAAUGUCCUCCUUGGGCCGACAAAUGCAAAGAACAAUGAAUUAUGGGAUCCUUUUCCGUGGUGCUUACCUGCCGGAACUGCUCCCCCUGAAAUGUAUUUAUGGAUGUUGGUUUUUUGAGUUGGGAAAGAUUUGAGUGGCUUUAGAACAGUUAGAAGCGUUUGAUGAGGAUCACUUAUAAUAUUAUGAGGAUACUGAGGAUACAUGGGCAGACCAUUUUUAAGGCAUCCCUCCUUCAAAGUUUUUCUAAAUUAAAGUUAAUAAUAACUGCAAAAAAAUUGUCUUACUAGGGAAUGGUCUCCAUUCGCAAUGGGACUUCUGAAUGAGGUUCACUCAAUGUAGCUUUUUACGCUGAUUCCAAAUCUGGCCUCAAAAACUGCCCUCGAGGCCUGUGAAAAAAGUGAGGGGCUCUCAAAGUCGAAAACUUCGAUGUCUCCGAUAGCUCUUUUUUGGAGGGUCCCUAUCCCCGGUUUUUCACAGGCCUUAAGGACAGUUUUUAAGACCAGAUUUGGAAUCAACGUGAAAAAUUACAUCUAGUUAGCCUAGUCUCUCAUUCCCUAGUUAGUGUGGUCAAAACUAGCUCCCUGAAGUUGAAACUUGAUUUUAUUCCUAAUUUUACAAAAUUUUCGUUAGCCAACCGAUCCUCCAAGGCUGAAUGAGUUCUGUACUUGCCCAUAUUUGAUAAUGGGAAAAGUUUGGGCCUUGAAAAUGUGGGUGGUUCAAAAUGGUAACAUUGACUUUUUUUGAAAAUGGCUCGGCUUCUUCUGGAGCCAAUUUUGCUUUAGAGCUUGCUGAGAGGGUUGGAAUGAGUAGAUAAAAAAAAAUUAAGAAAGAGGGGAAUAAAGUUUGAACCGAUUGUAUCGUAAAAAGCGGAUUAUUUUUGACGAGGGACGAUUUUCAGAAUAGAAAGAAGGUCCAGAAAAAGUUGUGAUUAUAAGAAAAUAUCGUUGUAAAAAUGAAAAAAAGCUAGAAACUUGGGAAAAAAAGUUGGUUUUAUGAUCUCCGAAAGUAAUCAAUUGUUCAGAUGAUAAAUUUGAUAAUUUUUUUAAUUUUUUUAUAUAAUUUUUCAAAACACUAAUUGAUAAUUAGCUUCAAUUUGAGAGGAUGAAUUCCGGGUAAAAAAAUUCUCAUUUAGAUACUGUACCAAGCUAGAGAUUAAUACAUUAAGUUUUGCAGUUUUUUUUAAAUGUCAUCUAGUAAUUUUUCAAACUUUUUCCGUCUUCCAGGUCCUGCGCUACUGUGAAUCCCUACACGCGCGAUGGAACUUGCUGGAAAUCAGGGCGAUUUUCCUGCGACGGUACCUUCUCCAAAACGUCGCCAUCGAAAUGUUCUUAGCUUCGAGAAGUGGGAAGACAACCAGAAUCAAGAUAAAAACGAUAAUUUUCAGCCGCCGUGAUGUUGGCGUUCUCCGAUGAAGAAACGGUGAAGAAAGUCGUUUAUCAGUUGCCGCGAGUCGGCGUCGGCGUCAAGUACGGCCUGCCGCAGAGCAGAAAAACGAGCUUGAUGACUCCCAGGCAGCUCUUCAGGCACUCGGAUAUGUGCAUCAAGUGGCAAAAGGUUCCGGAGAUGAUAAUAAAGAUAAAAAUUACGAUUUCACCUGUAUUUUUCUAGUGAUUUCGCGAUUAUUUUGAGGAAAAUUAGCCAAAAUUUAACAAAAGUUUCCUAUGAUUCUCAAAGAAAAGUCGUACAAUUUUUAAAAAAAUGUUUUUCUUCUUUGAUUUUGAUGACACUCAACGUGGUAGUCCAUCAUCAGAAACGCGGACAAAAAUUAUUCACCCAUUUCUUCUUAAUGUAGCCAGGUUACGGUAGGCAGGUUGGCACCUGCGUAUCUGAGAAACGAUAAGUUUUCUCGUGGCCUGACCUCGCGGAAGAAUUUUAAAGGACAACGUUCAGAAAAUCUUGAAAAAUCGUACUCAGAAGAUCAACUACAAAAUUUACAGCGUGAAAUAUCCAACUUUGACUACCUGAUGUUCCUGAACACCGUGGCUGGACGAACUUUCAACGAUUUGAGUCAAUAUCCCGUUUUCCCCUGGAUCCUGACCAACUACACGUCGGACACGUUGGAUUUGAACGUGGCCUCGAACUUCCGCGACCUUUCAAAGGUAGAAAUUCAGUGGAAUAAGUUGAAUAUGCCGCUUUCGGACCUCAGUAACGCGAAUCGGGCGCCGCCGGAAGUUUUUUUAACGUUUCUAGGGAUCAUUUAAGGGAUCUGAAGCCGCUCUCGGACCUCAGUAACGCAAAUUGGACGCGCCCCGGAAGUUUCUGAGCAUUUCUAGGGAUCACUUAAGAGAUCUGACGCCGUUCUCUGAAUUCAGUAACGCGAUUCGGGCGCCGCCGAAAGUUUUUUAACGUUUCUAGGGUUCACUUAAGGGAUAUGACGCCGCUCUCGAACCUCAGUAACUCAAACCUGACGAUUUUGAACAUUUCUAAAGUUCACUUAAGAGAUCUUGGAUCUGAAGUUGCUUAAGUGUUCACUAGAGAUGCUCAGGGACGGCCGGGUUCUGAGAUUAUAGCUUUGAACUUAAAAACGAAACCUGAGAUUCUGUCUCUUAAUUUCAUUAUUUGCUAUGGAGCGCAUCUUCUCCUAAGAACGAGCCGAUGAAAUCUCGAUUUUUAAGAUUAGAAAAAUUAUCCUUUUUUGCUGGCUUUAAGGCCGAUUUUUCACAUUUUCGGGCCCUCAUUUGGUUUAUAAGCCUUUAAUUCUCUGAUUUUUUGACCCCCAAAAAUAAGAUUCAAAAUUUUCCAGCCAAUCGGAGCUUUAUCGGAGUCGCGUCGGAAAUUCUUCAACGAACGGUAUACUUCUUGGUCGGAUGACUCGAUUCCGGCCUUCCACUACGGAACUCACUACUCGACGCCCGCCUUCACGCUCAACUGGCUCAUGAGAAUCGUUUGAUUCGACCGUUUUAUUGGAAAAAAUUUGGGUUUUCAGGAGCCCUUCGCGUCGAUGUACAUCAGUCUGAACGAUGGGAAAUUCGACCAUCCUGAUCGAAUUUUCAACAGCGUCAAGGAGACCUGGGAGCACUGUCAGAGGGAUUCUCAUGAUGUCAAGGUGCUUAGGGAUCAGAUUUUCAGAAACUCUGAAGAAAAAAAAAGUCGAUAAACAGAUUAUAAAGUCCAAAUUGCGAUUUUCAUUAAGUUUUCAGUUCAAACUCUUCAUGCUUAAGAAAAAAAGGCACAGAAAAGAGAGAUCUCUGGUUUUUUUGGCCUCUUAUAAAGCUAUACCCCCCUUCCCCCCACCUUAGAAGGCUCAGGAAGAUUUUUUUUUGCAUCAAGAGCUAUUUUCCAUAGAUUCAAGUUGUUUGAGUAGGUCGAGAAAUCCUGAAAAUGAGUUUCCAAGGCAAUUUUUUGAACUCAACAAUUUUUAGUGACCACAAAACUAUGUAGUUUAAUCGGAAACGGAAGCUCCGGAAGGUCAAAAAAGGCAUCAACUUCAAAAAUUUAGUUUUUUUCGGUACAGGACUUUGUAGGGUCAAAAGCUUCAAAAGUAGCCAAUUUUCGAGCUUCUGAAAGUUGACGAAAGCAAUUUUUAUGUUGGAGUUACUUCAGCAAUGUGACGAAGUAUGUGGGGUAUUUUUUUAAAAAAAAUGCACUUCAAAAAUUAUUUUCAAUCCUAACGUCUCCAGGAACUGAUCCCCGAGCUGUACUACCUGCCGGAGGUGUUCCGCAACUCCAACUCCUUCGAGCUGGGCACUAGAGACGACGGCCAGAAGGUCGAAGACGUACAGCUCCCGCCCUGGGCUCAGUCUCCGGAACACUUCGUUCUGAUGCAUAGGCAGGCCCUCGAGAGCGACCUCGUCAGCUGCCAGCUCAACCAGUGGAUCGACCUCAUCUUCGGCUACAAACAGCGGGGAGCUGAAGCGGUGAGGAUGAUCAUGAAAGUAUGGACUUGAGGGGUCUAACAACAUAAGCAUUUUCGAAAGAGCGUCGGAUCCAGAGGUGUCCAUUAAUUGUUCCUAAACGGUUCCCAUUUUACUGCCUUUUUCCGCCCUUUCAUCGGCCUUUUUCCAGCCUUUUUCGACCCUUUUGAGAUACACAAAAUUUUUAAAUGGAGAAGUGACUGUGUAGGAACUAAAAUGUGCUACAGUAAUUGAAUCGGAAAUUAUCAAUGGCCGAAACUUUCAGCACGAAACCCUUUUAGCGGCCAUUUUGCAGUCACUCCCUUUUUGCACCCGUUUUACGCACUUAGCAGUGAACGUUUUUCGCAUGAACAUGUUUCUUUACAUAGAAAUCUUAAAAAAUAAUCGACCAGCAUGUCCCCUAUAGGGAUCACUUUCGCAAGUUUUAGUGGCCCUUAGAAGGGACUUUCCAUGGACCUCUAAGAUUGCCCCUAUAGGGAUCACUCUGUAGUUCCGAACUAGUUUGAUAAAUUUUGAUGAAUUUUUCUAGUAUAUUGACUUCAUUGAAAGUUUCAUUACCCACUACUGCUCAUAUUAAUAAAAAUGUUCCAGGUUCGAGCCACGAACGUCUUCUACCACCUGACGUACGAAGGCGCGAUAGACCUGAAGACGAUUGACAACCCGGCGCAAGUUGAAGCCGUCGAACAGCAGAUCAGCUCGUUCGGACAGACUCCGGCUCAAUUGCUCACCGAGGCUCACCCCCCGAGGCAUUCCGUCAUGAGCAUGGUAUGUAAAUUUGUCGAAUUGGAAAAACUAUAGUCUGUGUGCCACGACUUGAAAUUUCACCGAACGACAUUCCGCGGUUCCGCUGCGUGCGGUCGCGAAGCGUCUUUCGAAUCUAGGUCGCGUUUUCAGUUGAUUUUUGCUGCUGUGGGAGCACAGGAAAGUAGAGUACCUUAAUAAAAGAAAAACAAAAUUAAAAGAGCGACCAAGGUUCGCAGCGGCACAGCGGAAUGUCGUUCCGUGAAAUUCCUAGUCGUGGUACACAGGCUAUACGUGUUCUAAUUUCUUUCUAUCACGCUCUAUCAUGAGUAGGAAUCUCGCUAUGUAGCAGCUUUCUCUAGAAAUUCUCAAAAUACUUAGAGGUUUGAUUUCUCAGGCUCCGACAAUGUUCCGCCGGCUUGAGGACGACCUUUGCAUGAUCAUGAAGUACAUUUCGAACAGCGCCGUCGUUUCCCUCGCCGCCAACACCUUCCAUCAGCUGCCCAAUCCGACGGUCGUUUCUGUCGCCAACAACUUGGUCUUCUCCCUCAACAAGUGGGACAACUCUUACACUUGUGAGUUUCGGGAUCGUGGAAUGUUUCAGGAUGAUUUCAAGAGUUUUUAUGGGAUUUUUGUAAAGAACUGAAGCUUUUAAGUUUUCUGCAAUGUAUCAAACAGCAUAUUCAAAAAGUGUGGUUACUUCGAUUUUUCUUCAGAAAAGGACGAUCAGAACGAUUUCUGGGAUUUUUGAAGCAGAGUUUUGAAACAAGUCAAAUUUCCUGGAACAGGCGUUUUCAAAUUCGUAAAAACCCAUUUUGACCGUUUUUAUGGGAUUUUUCGGGUCUAUCUCGCCGCUGGGGCAGAUUUCACACUGAAAACUAGAAAAACGCAAAAUUGAAAUUCUGGCCGUCGGUAGAAAAGUUGGGUUUUACAACGAAAUUUUUCGCGCGAAACUUGAAUUUUUAACUUAUUUGGGUAUUUUCAACAAGAAUUUUGAAUUUAUAACCUUAUCGCUGUAUAUUGUUGUAAGGCUUGGCUCCCGAAUUUCCAAUUUAGCGUAUUUCACGAAAUCAUUUUGAAAAAAUAACGAGUCAGUUUUGAAAUCGCCGACUUGCUUUGUACAGGGCAUGGUUUUGGAGAAAUUGAUGAAAUUUUCAAGUCAUUUAAGCACAAUUUUUGACUAUAUAAAGUAAAUGGUCAUUUUCCAGACGGCGGAACCCAACGUAGCGCCUUGAAUCUUGAUGCUGGUAGUCCGGAAACUCAGCCGGUAUGUUUCGGGAACAAUUUUCGAACAAAAUGUUUCAAAAUGUUAGGUACAACUCCCCCUGACGGCAGACCCACAGUUGGCCACGGCCAGUUCUGCUCAGCCGAUCCCCAAAAGACAUCUCGGCGAUUCCUUCGAUCAACGAUUGGCUAUCACUUGCAGCAACUUCGUCACGACUACUGAUAGCAGGUAUUCAAUGAGAAGACUUGAAAUGAUAGUUGUAGGCAAAAUUGAGUCUAAAGAAACACAAGUAAUGCUCAUUUUGAGAGCAAAAAAUCGUGUGUGGACUCAAAGAAGGUUAAAAAUUAUAGAGGCAACAAAAAUUGACUGAUGAAAACAACCCGAGAAGACACCAUGAAGGAAUAUUUUUCUAGCUUUCUAGGAUAAUUUUUAGAAAAACUUGAAGGUCCUGGCUUCUUCAGAAAAAAAAAAGAAUUUUUCAGUAUGUUGAAUUUUCUGUCAGUCAUGGGAACAUGAAUAAUUGAGAUGAAUCGCCUUGAGAUUUUUGCUCCUUCAGAAGUUUGAGAGAAAAAAAAACGUUACAAUAAGUGAACAUCAAUUAUUAACCAGCCUAGCGUAGCUUUCGGGUGCUACGACAAGCACGAUUUUCCUAUUCCGAAGAUCACUGUACGUUAAAAUCCGCAUUUUGCGUGUGCACUUUGCGUGUUUGCACAAAUCCGUGUUUUCCAUUUCCGAAUUUUUUUUCCAUUUUUUCUCUAUACUCAUUUUUCGGAAAAGGAAAACUUGUCUUGUCGUAGAACCGGUUUUAAAUCUUGUUUUGAAAAAGGCCUUAUGCGAAAAAAAAUUUCAGAUUCAUCUUCGCCUGCGGUUAUCCCGACUACAGUUUCCGAGUAAUCGACACGGAUACUGGUAGGAAUUUUCGCGUUUUUUCAUCUUUUAACUGAAUUUUUUACAGGCAAAGUUCGACAAGCCGUUUACGGCCAUGGCGACGUCGUCACCUGCAUAGCUCGAUCUGAAACGAGCCUGUUCAGCGACUGCUACGUCGCCACGGGAAGCAUGGACUGUACCGUCGUCUUGUGGCAUUGGAAUGGGCAGGUGAAUGACGCGAAACGAACGAAACGAAUAAGACUUACGCGCGUAAAAGUCACCGUAAAAACACUCGUACUUAAAAUUUAUCGUAAAAAUUCUCGCGCGUAAAAGUUACCGUAUAGACAAUCGAGCGUAAGUCACCGUAAAAAUACUCGCGCGUAAAAGUUAUCAAAAACACUCGCGCCUAAGUUACCUGAAUGAUUUUCGCGUGUAAAAGUUACCGUAUAGACAAUCGAGCGUAAGUUACCAUAAUAAUGCUCGCGCGUAGAAGUCACGGUAAAACGCUUGCGCGUAAAAGUUAUCGUAAAGAAACUCAAGCGUAAAAGUCACCUUAAAAUACUCGCGCGUAAAAGUUACCGUAAAAACAUUCGUGCGUGAAAGUUACCGUAUAAAUACUCGCGCGUAAAAGUUACCAAAAAGAAACUCGCGCGUAAAAGUUACCUAAAAGAAACUCGCGCAUAAAAGUUACCGUAAAAACAUUCGUGCGUAAAAGUUACCGUAUAAAUACUCGCGCGUAAAAGUUACCAAAAAGAAACUCGCGCGUAAAAGUUACCGUAAAGAAAUUCGCGCGUAAAAGUCACCUUUAAAACAUUCGCGCGUAAGUGUCACCGUAAGAAUGCGAAAAUGCGAUAUAAGUUAGGACCAGAUUUUCCAUUAAUAACUAAUUAAUAAUUAUUCAAAUUUUCAUUUUCAGCAAGGCUACAUCGCCGGUGAGUACAACCAGCCGGGAGAAACGCCCUCGCCCCGGUCGAUCCUGACGGGCCACGAGGCCCGAAUCACCGCCCUCAGCGUUUCCGCAGAGCACGGUCUUGUCAUCAGCGGCUGUGAAGGUCUUCUGAAGGUCUUCUGAAUCCUUCUCCAACGCUUUCUUGCUCAGAUGGCGUCGUCCUGUUCCACACCACGGCUGGAGACCUGCUCCGAAGGAUCAAGGGAAAAGGCCCGGUGACGCAGUUGGCGAUGAGCCGCGAGUGUCUUCUGUUCGCACUCUAUGACUCUCGGAGGAUUGUGACCUACUCGGCGACCGCCAGGCUUCUCAAUGAAGUCUCCUACGAUGAUAGGUUCGGAAAAUGAUGUCACCGUGACUUUUUACUGUCCAUCGCCGUUAAAACCAUAAAAUUUACAUUGUAAGAAUGAAAAUUUGAAGGAUUGACUGUGUGACGGUGACCAGAGAUGGCGAAUUCGCGAUAACUGGCGCUCAAAAUGGAAGGAUCGUCAUUUGGCGUCUUUUUCCGCUCACCAAGCUUUACACCUAUCAGGUAAGAUUCGAGUUACCUUCAAAUAUUGAUAUUCGAUAAAAAUCUUUUUUAUAGUUGUGUAUCUUUCGAAUAGAACAAAAUCUCAUGACACAAAGUGCGCUCUUAAGCUCUAAGGUCUUAAGAAUUAUAUCAGAACAUUUUAUUCGCUAAAAUUGUAAGUUACCACUGUAGGGGAGCGAAAAGAACGGAAAAGGGAUCUCACAUUGGAGGUCAUUUCAGCGUAUGGUUAAGAAUUUUCUAUAAAUUCGCUCGAAAAAUCUUUGAUAGAUUGGGAAUCGAUCCCACAAAGUCGCUAUCUGCGCAAACUUUUAGUUUUGGUGAUAUGAUUUUUUGAAAAUUUUAUCCUUAACCAUGUGGCACACUUUGGAAGGAAUUUGGCCACGCCACCACCCACUGCAUGACAGAUAGGAGCGUUGUGCAGUGGCUAGCGCGUUAGCCUGCAAAGUCUAUGAUGAGGGUUCGAGUCCUCUUGACGUUAACUUUUUUGCCAUUAUUUUUUUUUUUGAAGGUUUUCGAAUUUAAAGUGUCAUCCCAUGUUCGAAUUUUAGAAAAGAUUCUUUCAGAAGACCGUUAGUUUCUUAAGGAAGAUGUUUUAAUAUCUUGGAGGGGUCAUUUAAGGGUUCUCUUCAAGCAUAUUCUCCGAACGAUUUUUUAGAUUUCAUUAACUUUCCCUUUAUUUGAGAGUAUUAAUGUUGAUAUUUCCUUCAGGCUCUCGAUUCGGCAGUGCGAAGCGUCGCCGUGACGGCCAACCACCGAUUCAUCCUCGGCGGCCUGGAUUCUGGGGCGAUCGUCGUGUUCAACGCCGACUUCAACCGCUGGCACUACGAGUACAAGAAUCGUUAUCAUCCCCAGAAAUAG